CCCAAAGGAGAAUAAUGAAGAAAGCCCAUAACAAAAAACAAGGCCCAUCUCCCAUUUCGACCAUUUCACAUGUUCAUCCAUAGCUUCGUUGCUUCCAAUUUGAACCAUUUCAUAAUAUUCUUUGCUUUCUCCAGUACAGAGAAUAAUUCACUGAAGCUGGUGAAAUGGCUGACAACAGUAAGGCAACUGAGAACCAUAACCAAAGUUCUGAUGAUAAUUUAGCUCUGGAGAAUCGUAAUGAGGUAUCCAUUGAUUCCUUGGCACGAAAAGUCCAAGAAUCUUUCUCACUUGCAAAGAGACAUAAGUUUUGGGAGACUCAACCAGUGGGGCAGUUUAAGGAUCUUGGGGAUACAAGCUUGCCUGAAGGCCCUAUUGAACCUCCAACUCCUUUAUCAGAAGUGAAGCAGGAGCCUUACAACCUUCCAGGUCCAUAUGAGUGGACAACCUGUGACAUGGACUCGGAAGAGAUGUGCAAUGAGGUCUAUCUUCUCCUAACAAACAACUAUGUUGAGGAUGAUGAGAACAUGUUUAGGUUCAAUUACUCAAAAGAAUUUCUUCGAUGGGCACUUCGCCCUCCAGGUUUCUAUAGGAGCUGGCACAUUGGAGUCAGAGUGAAGACCUCAAAAAAGUUGGUUGCCUUUAUUACAGGGGUACCUGCAAGGAUACGCGUCCGAGAUACUGUUGUGACCAUGGCUGAGAUCAAUUUUCUGUGUGUUCAUAAGAAGCUUAGAUCAAAAAGACUUGCUCCCGUCAUGAUAAAAGAGGUUACAAGGAGGGUUCAUAUGGAGAAUAUCUGGCAAGCUGCUUAUACAGCUGGGGUGGUCCUUCCAACACCUGUAUCAACCUGUCAAUAUUGGCAUAGAUCUCUGAAUCCAAAGAAGCUAAUUGAUGUCGGGUUUUCCAGGCUUGGUGCAAGGAUGACAAUGAGCCGUACAAUAAAGAGGUAUAAGUUACCUGAUCAGACUGUGACACCUGGGUUCAGGAAGAUGGAGCCCCAUGAUGUUCCUGCUGUCACUCGAUUGCUUAGGAAUUACUUGAAGCAGUUUGUGGUUGCACCUGACUUUGAUGAAAAUGACGUGGAACACUGGCUUCUGCCAAAGGAGGGUGUUAUCGACAGUUAUCUGGUUGAAAGCCCUGAUACUCAUGAAAUCACCGACUUUUGCAGUUUUUACACACUCCCUUCAUCAAUUCUUGGUAACCAGAAUCAUACCACUCUAAAAGCUGCUUAUUCGUAUUACAAUGUGUCAACGAAGACCCCAUUGAUUCAGUUGAUGAAUGAUGCCCUUACUGUGGCAAAGCAGAAGGAUUUUGAUGUUUUCAAUGCCCUAGAUGUUAUGCAGAACGACAGUUUCUUGAAGGAACUGAAGUUUGGCCCCGGUGAUGGGAAACUCCAUUACUAUCUCUACAAUUAUCGAACGAAGCAUGUUUUAAGAUCGUCAGAGCUUGGGCUUGUACUAUUGUAAUUGGAGGUCGCAGAACUCUUUGUUACUGCAGGGAAAGAGAAGCAUUUUUUGUAAUUCACACCCAGUUCUACUGCAAGGUUUCCUCAGUUCUGUUAAAUUUUGCUCGAGUCCAAGGCGAAAAUUACGCUUCAAUGUAAAACUCUCUUUCGCUCUAUCUGUCUCUUGCUCUCUCCCUCCCAAUUGCACUUUGUAGUUCCUGAUCUUCCCUGUUUCAUUGUAACUCUGGAUAAGUACUAGUUCCAAGUUCCAACUCUUUUUCUGGGUAAACUAUCAUCUCUGUACGUCCUGAAAUCCAUUAUUUGCUUGCUUGACGUCAUCAUUAAUAAAGCAGUUAUAUCUCAUUCAGAAA